CAUUUAUAUGCGUCCUAUAGUCCGCCACACUAGCUCCUCUUGCCAUUUAAUAGAAACUAGCUUUCUCGCGCUCUCGGCAGGUUUCUUCUAGGGUUUGCGGAUUCUCAGUGUUAGUCCCUCUCUGUUCAAGAUGGUACUUCAAAAUGACAUCGAUCUGCUCAACCCUCCGGCCGAGCUGGAGAAGAAGAAGCAUAAGCUCAAGCGUCUCGUUCAAUCGCCGAACUCCUUCUUCAUGGACGUGAAGUGCCAAGGAUGUUUCAACAUAACUACGGUAUUCAGUCACUCGCAAACAGUGGUAGUUUGUGGGAACUGCCAGACGGUGCUGUGCCAGCCGACUGGUGGGCGCGCUAGGCUAACUGAAGGUUGCUCUUUCAGGAGGAAGGGGGAUUAAUUCCAUGUUGGUUAUUUUAUAAUCGAGUUCAAGUGAAGCGCUCAUGGUUUCCUUUUUUGUGGUUUUGGUUUCCAAAAUAUGGAAUUUCUUAGGAAGAAGUUUUCGACAUCUGUUGCUACAUUAGUUUUGUUAUCUUUUAAUCUUGUUCUGUGCGAUGGAAUUGGCUUUGACAUUAUUGAUUAUAUAUCAAUCUUAUAUUAUCUUUAUUGCUCA